GUGGAAAAGAGGCAGAGGGAGGAGUUGCCGUGGUCGCUGUGACUGCUCAGUGUGAGUUUGGAAGGUGUGUGCGGAUCGAUCGCCGCCGCUCUGCGUGCUCCGAGGGUUAACCUUAGUACACAAAAGCCAGGAAUGUAAAUAAACAAAAAUGGAUCCAAGUAUGGGUGUGAAUUCUGUUACCAUCUCUGUUGAGGGAAUGACAUGCAUUUCCUGUGUCCGGACCAUUGAACAGCAACUUGGGAAAGUGAAUGGUGUGCAUCACAUUAAAGUUUCACUAGAAGAAAAAACUGCAACUAUUAUUUAUGACCCUAAACUGCAGACUCCAAAGACUUUGCAAGAAGCUAUUGAUGACAUGGGUUUUGAUGCUGUUGUGCGUAGUCCUAACCCUCUCCCUGUUUUAACUAAUACCGUGUUUCUGACUGUUACUGCUCCACUGGCUCUACCAUGGGACCAUAUCCAAAGCACAUUGUUGAAGACCAAGGGUGUGACUGGUGUUAAGAUUUCCCCUCAACAAAGAACUGCAGUAGUAACAAUAAUCCCUUCUAUAGUGAGUGCCAGUCAGAUCACAGAGUUGGUUCCAGACCUCAGUUUAGACAUUGGAACUCAGGAGAAAAGGUCGGGAACUUGUGAAGACCACAGUAUGGCUCAAACAGGUGAAGUCAUGCUGAAGAUAAAGGUAGAAGGGAUGACCUGCCAUUCAUGCACUAGCACCAUUGAAGGAAAAAUCGGGAAACUACAAGGUGUUCAAAGAAUUAAAGUUUCCCUGGACAACCAAGAAGCUACUAUUGUUUAUCAACCUCAUCUUAUCACAGCAGAAGAAAUAAAGAAUCAGAUUGAAGCUGUGGGUUUCCAGGCAUUUAUAAAAAAACAGCCCAAGUACCUCAAGUUGGGAGCUAUUGAUGUGGAGCGUCUAAAGAACACACCAGUCAAAUCUCCAGAAGGGUCACAGAAAAGGAGCCCCUCAUCUACCAAUGAUUUAACGGCCACUUUCAUCGUUGAUGGCAUGCAUUGUAAAUCGUGUGUGUCAAACAUCGAGAGUGCUUUAUCUACACUCCAGUAUGUAAGCAGCACAGCAGUUUCUUUAGAGAAUAGGUCUGCCAUUGUAAAGUACAAUGCCAGCUCUGCCACUCCAGAAGCAUUGAGAAAAACAAUAGAGUCUGUUUCACCAGGGCAAUAUAAAGUUAGCAUUGCAAGUGAUGUUGAAAGUACCUCCAACUCUCCCUCCUCCUCAUCUCUUCAAAAGGUUCCUUUGAACAUAGUUAGCCAGCCUCUGACUCAAGAAACCGUGAUAAAUAUUAGUGGAAUGACUUGUAAUUCUUGUGUACAGUCUAUAGAAGGUUUGAUAUCAAAAAGGCCAGGUGUAAAAUCUAUACGAGUCUCCCUUGCAAAUAGCACUGGGACUGUUGAGUAUGAUCCACUGCUAACCUCUCCAGAAACCUUGAGAGAAGCAAUAGAAGACAUGGGAUUUGAUGCUGUCUUGAAAGACGUGAACGAGCCAUUGGUAGUGAUAGCUCAGCCCUCAUUGGAAAUGCCACCUUUGCCUUCAACUAAUGAAUCAGAUAAAAUGAUGACACCAGUUCAUACUAAGGAGGAGACAAAGACUUCUUCUAAGUGCUACAUCCAGGUCUCUGGUAUGACCUGUGCUUCCUGUGUAGCAAACAUUGAACGGAAUUUAAGACGAGAAGAAGGAAUAUAUUCUGUACUUGUGGCUUUGAUGGCUGGCAAGGCAGAAGUCAGGUACAAUCCAACUGUUAUCCAGCCCCCGCUGAUAGCAGAAUUCAUCCGAGAGCUUGGAUUUGGAGCCACUGUGAUAGAAAAUGCUGAGGAAGGGGAUGGGGUCUUGGAACUUGUUGUGAAAGGAAUGACAUGUGCCUCCUGUGUGCAUAAAAUAGAGUCCACUCUCACAAAGCACAAAGGGAUCUUCUACUGCUCAGUGGCCUUGGCAACCAACAAAGCACAUAUUAAAUAUGAUCCAGAAAUUAUUGGUCCUAGAGAUAUUAUUCAGACAAUUAAAGACUUAGGUUUUGAAGCUUCUUUGGUCAAAAAGGAUCGGUCAGCAAGUCACUUAGAUCAUAAACGAGAAAUAAGACAAUGGAGAAGGUCUUUCCUUGUGAGCCUGUUUUUCUGUAUUCCUGUAAUGGGGCUAAUGAUAUAUAUGAUGGUGAUGGACCACCACCUGGCAACUCUCCACCAUAAUCAGAAUAUAAGUAAUGAAGAAAUGAUCAACAGUCAUUCUUCGAUGUUCCUAGAGCGUCAGAUCCUACCAGGGCUGUCUAUUAUGAAUUUGCUGUCCUUUUUAUUGUGUAUACCCGUACAGUUGUGCGGAGGCUGGUACUUCUACAUUCAGGCUUACAAAGCACUGAAGCAUAAGACGGCAAAUAUGGAUGUACUGAUUGUGCUGGCAACCACCAUCGCAUUUGCUUACUCUUUGGUUAUUCUUCUAGUUGCAAUGUUUGAGAGAGCCAAAGUGAACCCUAUUACUUUCUUUGAUACGCCUCCGAUGCUGUUUGUAUUCAUUGCAUUAGGCCGAUGGCUGGAGCAUGUAGCAAAGGGCAAAACAUCAGAGGCUCUUGCAAAGCUAAUUUCACUACAAGCUACAGAAGCAACUAUUGUUACUCUUAACUCUGAAAAUAUCCUCAUAAGUGAAGAACAGGUGGAUGUGGAACUUGUACAACGUGGAGAUAUCAUCAAAGUGGUUCCAGGAGGCAAAUUUCCAGUGGAUGGUCGUGUUAUUGAAGGGCAUUCUAUGGUAGACGAGUCCCUUAUCACAGGGGAAGCAAUGCCUGUAGCUAAAAAACCUGGCAGCACAGUGAUUGCUGGUUCCAUUAACCAGAAUGGAUCCAUACUCAUCCGAGCGACACAUGUUGGAGCAGACACAACCCUGUCUCAGAUUGUCAAACUUGUGGAGGAGGCACAGACAUCAAAGGCUCCUAUCCAGCAGUUUGCAGACAAACUCAGUGGCUACUUUGUUCCUUUUAUCGUCUUUGUUUCCAUUGCUACCCUCUUGGUAUGGAUUAUAAUUGGAUUUCGGAAUUUUGAAAUUGUGGAAACCUACUUUCCUGGCUACAACAGAAGUAUUUCCCGGACAGAAACCAUUAUACGCUUUGCUUUCCAAGCCUCUAUCACAGUUCUAUGUAUAGCAUGUCCCUGUUCACUGGGACUGGCCACUCCAACUGCCGUGAUGGUGGGCACAGGAGUUGGUGCUCAAAAUGGCAUACUUAUCAAAGGUGGAGAGCCAUUGGAGAUGGCUCAUAAGGUAAAGGUAGUGGUAUUUGAUAAGACUGGAACUAUUACCCAUGGGACUCCAGUAGUGAAUCAAGUUAAGGUGCUAGUGGAAAGUAACAGGAUAUCGCGCAAUAAGAUCCUGGCCAUUGUGGGGACUGCUGAAAGUAAUAGCGAACAUCCUCUAGGAGCGGCUGUAACCAAAUACUGCAAGAAGGAGCUGGACACUGAAACCUUGGGUACCUGCACAGAUUUCCAGGUUGUACCAGGCUGUGGUAUUAGCUGCAAAGUCACCAAUAUUGAAGGCUUGCUACAUAAGAAAAACUGGAAGGUAGAGGAGAAUAACAUUAAGAAUACAUCUUUGGUUCAAAUUGAUACACUUAAUGAACAGUCACCAACUUCAUCUUCUAUGAUCAUUGAUGCUCAGCUCUCAAAUGCUGUUAGUACUCAGCAGUACAAAGUCCUCAUUGGUAAUCGGGAGUGGAUGAUUAGAAAUGGUCUUGUCAUUAGUAAUGACGUAGAUGAUUCCAUGAUUGAACAUGAAAGAAAAGGUCGGACUGCUGUAUUGGUAGCCAUUGAUGAUGAGCUGUGUGGCUUGAUAGCCAUUGCUGAUACUGUGAAGCCUGAAGCAGAAUUGGCAGUCCAUAUUCUGAAAUCUAUGGGCUUAGAAGUAGUUCUGAUGACUGGAGACAACAGUAAAACAGCUCGAUCUAUUGCUUCUCAGGUUGGCAUUACUAAAGUGUUUGCUGAAGUUCUACCUUCCCAUAAAGUUGCUAAGGUGAAGCAACUUCAAGAGGAGGGGAAACGGGUAGCAAUGGUAGGAGAUGGAAUCAAUGACUCCCCAGCUCUCGCAAUGGCAAAUGUUGGAAUUGCCAUUGGUACAGGCACGGAUGUAGCCAUUGAAGCUGCCGAUGUUGUUUUGAUAAGGAAUGAUCUUUUGGAUGUAGUGGCAAGUAUUGACUUAUCAAGAAAGACAGUCAAGAGGAUUCGGAUAAAUUUUGUCUUUGCUCUAAUUUAUAACCUGCUUGGAAUUCCUAUAGCUGCCGGAGUUUUUAUGCCCGUUGGUUUGGUUUUGCAACCCUGGAUGGGAUCAGCAGCAAUGGCUGCUUCAUCAGUUUCUGUGGUACUUUCUUCACUCUUCCUUAAACUUUACAGAAAACCAACUUAUGAAAAUUAUGAAGUGCAUGUCCAGAGCCACAUAGGACAGAAGAGUCCUUCAGAAAUCAGCGUUCAUGUUGGGAUAGAUGACACCUCAAGAAAUUCUCCUAAACUGGGUUUGCUGGACCGGAUUGUCAAUUACAGCAGAGCCUCCAUAAACUCGCUACUGUCUGACAAACGCUCCCUUAACAGUGUUGUUCUUAGUGAACCUGACAAGCACUCGCUUCUGGUGGGCGACUUCAGGGAAGAUGAUGAUACCACUGUUUAAAGGCCACAGAGAAUGCUGCUGCAUGCCCCCACAGCAUUCAUGGUGUCAUGAAGAAUUUUAUGUCAGUCUCAUGCUCUUUUAUGAGGAAUUCUAUUUGAGUUGCAUUUGUUAAUGGCAAAAAAAUGUCUUUCUACAGGCAUGAGCUCUGAACCUAGCUUUAUUCUAAGUGAAUUUCCAGCAGUUUUCAUUUUUACUAGGACUGUGAGGUAGAGCAGCGGGUUUAGAACAAGCUCUACAAAUUAGAGAUGGCUGAAGUGCUGCUAAUGUGAUGGGUCAUUUUUAUUUGACCAAAAAUGUGCCCAAAGACAGGAAGAGUAAAAAUUUGAAGAUGUGAGAGCAUGGCCUUGAGAAUAUUCUUGAUCCUAUAUCCCUGUCCCAGUGGGGACAAUGACUUUCAGAGCACUGCACAAUUCAUGUAGUUUUAGAAGGAAAACAGUUAAAACUGUUUAAAAAUAAUUGUGCCUUAUUUAUUGUGGGUUUUAUUUCCCUCCUUCUUCAUCUUUGUCCUUUCAAUUCCUCACAUAUUCCAGGAUGUCUUUUAUUAUCUUCCUUCAAGUAAGCCAAGUUUACGUGUUUUUUUACUGAUUAAAAUAAGCCAGGCGUAGUGGUGCACACCUUUAAUCCCAGCCUUUGGGAGGCCCAGGUAGGAUUGCUGUGAGUUUGAAGCCAGCUUGAGACUACAUGGUGAAUUCUGGGUCAGCCUAGGCUAAAGGGAAACCCUUCCUCAAGAAAAAAAAUAAUAACUGACAGCAAUCAUGUGGAAGGGUGCAGAAGGAUUGAAAGUUCAAAGCUAGCCUGAGCUAUAUAGCAAGCCUCUAUCUCGAACUUUUUUUUCAAACUGACAACUUUUUCAAUAUCUUAUUACUCUUAUUUUGUAGCUCAAAGGACCUUAAAGGUCUAUAGAGUUCUCUACCUCCCAUCUUUCUACUGCCAUUAAAAAUAUCAAGUUCUUCCUUCUAUCUUCCUAGCUCUGUGCUAGUUUUCUGUUGUCUCCUGUGGGUUCUGCUCUGAGUUUAGUGUCAUACAUCAAUCAGUCUAAGUCCAGGAUCAAUAUUUUGACCAUUUUUUACUGAAAAAAAUUUCAAAGUUAAACACUAUUAUCUUUAACAUAUGCAGGUCUUCUAUAACUACUGAGAGUCAAUAAAUUGAUCAUUAUGGGUAGACUAUAAUUGAUUAACUGAUAUGUGUAUAAUUUCAUAGAUUUUAGUUAUCUUAUAUGUUUUAGAUAACCUGCCAAAAUGACUUUAAAACAAUGCUAUUACACAAAGAUGGUUUUGCCAAAAUAUACAGUAAAUUGUAAUACAGAAUCCAUAGCUUCCCUGGUUUGUGAUAUCUUUUAGUCAUAUAUAUGUUAUUUUUUUUUGCUCUUGUUUAAAACAUUUGCCUUCAUAAGUAAAUUCCUAAUGCUUUGCUCCCAUGGACAAUCCCUUUAAGCCAGUAGCACAAACCUAACACAUUCAAUUUGUGCUAAGAAAAUGUUUUUUUCUGGUUUUGAGGUCAGUACUAAAUAUAAAAAGAUCAUUUUUAGGGGCUGGAGAAAUUUCUCAGCAGUUAAAAUGAUUGCCUGUAAAUCCUAAUGACCAGGUUCAAUUCCCAGUACUCACAUAAAGCCAGAUGUACAAAGUGGCACAUGCAUCUGGAAUUCAUUUCCAAUAGCUGGAGACCCUGGUGUGCCCAUUAAUUAUCUCUCUCCUCUCUGUCUCUUUCUGCUUGCAAAUAAAUGAAUAAAUUUACAAAAAUAUCAUUUUUAUAGAGCAGAGUCUAAAGUCAGAUUACAAAUGAACUUCUUACCCCCUCUACCCAUUUUUUAUCCUUUCACACACCCAUCCCCAACUUAAAAAAAAAAAAACAUUUACAUUACUUAAUGCUCCUUUCAAAUUUUGAAAAAGACCUAUUUUCUAUGUUAGCUGUCUUAAAGAGAGGUGAAAUUUUCUGAUGAAGGUGCUAUUACUCUAGAAAGGCAAACAUAUUUUAAUAAAGUAUGAAUGAAUUUGUAUGUUUAAGCUCCUGUUCUUACAGUUUUAGUAUUUGUUUUUUGUUAUAAUUCUAGUUGCCUAUCAUAACAAAAGUCACUUUUUUCUAGAAGCGAUAGCUUCCCUGGUUUGUGAUACAGAUACAUAAUAGAUUUUUCUCACUCUGGGUCCAAAUUGAAAAUAGAUAUGAUACUCUCCCUCCCUCUCCCCUCUUUUCCCCCUAUGAAUCAUCUUCUUUAUUCACAUUAUGUCAUAGAAUAGAAGGAGUGUCAUCUUACAGACUGGGAGUAAUCUAGGGCAUCAUUUCAGUUCUCACUAUAAGAACAGAAAGCAUGCUGUUUAGAAAGAAUCCUACUUUAAAUAUCCAUGGUCACAAUGAAGUUCUGUGCCACAAGUCUCCUCUGCAAUUCUGAACCUCUAUUAGCUUCAGAGAAAAGCUGUAGUCACAGAAGAAGGAGGUAAUUUAGGUAGGGAAUCAAAGACAUUGUUUUUAGUUAGUAACUAGCUUAAAUAACUAGUUUCUACUAAGAACAAGUCUUAUAAGUACAUACAUACACACAUAGAUACACCUACCCAUAUUACCAUACAGAAGGAAGAUCAAUUUGUAUUUGCAUUUAUAUUUUCUUUAUCAUGCUGCUGUCUUCAGCUUAGCAACCAGUCCCUCAGUCAGAAGGUACCAAGGAUGCUUUGAUACCCAGUGCUGGUGCAGACUCAGAUAGGGGCACUGUUUAUUUAAAUAUCCAAAGAUGCCUUUUUGAAUAUCAAAGAUUAAAACACAAACAGAUUAUUUAGUCUUGUAGUCUAAAAAAAGUAUGAGUGUCAUGUGUGAAAGUAGAAAUCUUAUUUUCCUAGUUUAGUAUCAACAUUUUAGAAGGUUAAAUUUAAUGCAUUGUGAAAAAAUUUAUAUUAUGCUUUAAUUUUUUACAAAUUAUUCUUUAUUCAGAUAUAUAUAGGAUACGUAAAAUAGCAUUGUAGACAAGAUGUUUCCAAAACUUUAAACAUGCAUAUCUUUUCUGUACAUGGCUUAAAAUCAAAAAUGUAUAGUAGAGAAUUUUUCUACUGCUUGUGGAUUCUGCUUUGAGAUGGUUUUUCAUAAUAUUUAUUUUACUCUAUUUUAUUAUUUUCUCUUGGUGAGGCAUCUGGUUGCUGGCUAUUUUUUUAAAUGAGUACAUUCCUGGUAUCUCUCUUUGGAUUUUUUGUUUGUUUUCUUUUCUAUAUUUAAAAAAAGUAUUUCUGCACCAAAUAUAAAAGUAUAGAUUCUUGCCAAAUUACUACCAACUUGUACACUAACUUUUCUUCGUUCCUCAACCUAGUAUGAGGAACCAGAUGAAACACAAAGCAGGAAUUCUCAUUCUUCAAUCAGAAGUGCUUCUUUAAUGGCAUUGAUAAUAGAUGCUUUUGAUAGCCACAACCAGGCAUCUCAACCUUGUGUUUUUAGUUAAAGAAAUGUGUAGCUAAACAUUGUGAAGCAUUGACUGGUAUCCAAAACAGCAUUGUAUGACCGUGUGCAAUAUUUAUCUGCUGUAGUCAAGAUAAUUUGUUUUUCCAUGCACUUGUAAUUGAUCAUAUUUCUGCCAAGGAUGUGCCUUCAACUUUAUAAUUACAGUGUUGUAAAAAAAAUUGUCAGUAUCCCUUGUGUUAAAUCAUCUAGCCCUCUCUACCAGCAGUUCCAAACUAUCCUCAUUGUGUUGUUUGGUGGUGUUCUGAUUGUUUCAGCUGUCAGUCCAUAGUGUGACAGCACAUAUUUGCUGUGAGAAGUUCAUUCCCUUCAGAGCGGACUCAACCUGCUGUGUCAUUGAUUGAGGAUGAGAAACAAAGGAAUAUGAGUGUCUUCCUUUCCUUUGUAGUAAAUAAAUUGUUGAUAUGGUAUUUA